UCACUGACUGACUGACGCCAGCACAGCCAGCAACACCAGCAAAACACACGCUGCUCAUCAUGGAGAGAAAAGUGGCGAGAGAAUUUCGGCAUAAGGUGGAGUUGCUAGUCGAUAAUGAAGCAGAGAAGGACUAUCUCUAUGAUGUUCUCCGCAUGUAUCAUCAAUCCAUGGACCUGCCUGUCCUGGUCGGUGACCUGAAACUGGUGAUAAACGAGCCCAAACGCCUUCCUCUGUUCGAUGCCAUCCGACCCCUGAUUCCUCUGAAGCACCAGGUGCGGUACGACCAGCUCACGCCCAAGAGAUCCAGGAAGUUGAAGGAAGUCCGCCUGGACCGCACACACCCCGAGGGUCUGGGUUUGAGUGUUCGAGGGGGGCUGGAGUUCGGCUCUGGGCUCUUCAUAUCACAGAUAGUCAAAGAUGGACAAGCAGGAAAUGUCGGCCUGCAAGUCGGCGAUGAGAUUGUGCGCAUCAAUGGCUACUCCAUCUCCUCCUGCAUUCACGAGGAGGUUAUUAACCUUAUCAAGACCAAGAAGACUGUCUCUCUGAAAGUCCGCCAUGUGGGAAUGAUUCCUCUCAAGAGCUCCACUGAUGAGCCUCUGAAGUGGCAGUUUGUGGAUCAGUUUGUGUCUGAGUCAGGGGAGAGGAAGACCAGUAUUGCUGGCUUGACUUCAAUUGGAGGAAAAGAGAUCAAGGAAAAAAAAGUAUUCCUUAGUUUGGUGGGAACUAAAGGCAUGGGAAUCAGCAUAUCGAGUGGACCAACACAGAAACCAGGCAUCUACGUGAGCAAUGUGAAGCCGGGUUCACUCUCUGCUGAAGUGGGCUUACAGAUUGGCGACCAGAUUGUGGAGGUCAAUGGGGUGGAAUUCACCAACCUGAGUCAUCAAGAGGCAGUGCGAGUGUUAAAGAGCAGCAGGAGUCUAACUAUUACUGUCCUCACUGGAGCUGGAAGGGAGCUGUUUAUGACGGAUGAGGAGCGGCUGGCGGCUGAAGCUCGACGUGAGCUGGAAAGACAGGAGCUAAUGCAUCAGAAGAGGGUGGCAUUAGAGACCAACAAAAUCGUCAAAGAACAGCAGGAGAAAGAGCGCCAGAGAAAGAUGGAGAUAUCACAGAAGACUGCAGAGGAAGAACAACGCCAUCGCAAAGAGAUGGAGAGAAUUGAAGCAUCGGAAAGUAAGCACCACAAAGAGUGGGAAGAAGAUUGGGGCUCCAAGGAAAAAUCCAAAUCUCGUUCCCCCUCCCCUUCGCCCUCGCCCCAACCACCCACACGCCUCACACCUUCACCCAAACCCAAAACCUCCACUGCUGAGUCCUAUGAAGAAGAGAGCGAAGAAGGAUUUCAGAAAUACGUGGAUGAUUUUGAUCCAUAUUCCAUGUUCACGGCUGAGCAGCUAUCUGGCAGAGAUGUGCGACUUUUGAGAAUUAAGAAGGAAGGAAAGCUUGAUCUGGCCAUAGAGGGAGGAAUUGACUCCCCAUUGGGAAAGAUUGUGGUGUCAUCUAUCUACGACGGAGGUGCAGCAGAUAAACAUGGUGGGGUCGUGUCCGGUGAUGAGAUCAUGGCUGUGAAUGGGAAGAUCCUCACUGAUGUGACUCUAGCUGAAGGACAGACCUCAAUGGCUCAGGCCUGGAACAGUGGAGGGGACUGGAUUGACCUGGUCAUUGCGGUAUCUCCUCCGAAGGAAUAUGAAGAUGAAGUGACGUUCUUUUAAGACGGACCACAGGAGGAAUUGAUCGAGAGCCAUUCCUUAGUAAUUUUGCAGCAAGCACGUAAUUUAGUAUAUAUGUUGUAAGUGAAGCAAAUACAAUUAUUAACAUGAUUUUUUAAAUCAAACAUCUGUUUUAUAAAUUCAUAAUUUACUGUUUGGGCAUUAUUUUGUUGUUGAAUGCAAAACAAUAAAUAUGCAUUAGAAAAAAGGUA